UUUUGUAUUGGUCUUUAUUAGCCACGUGUGUGCAAACAUAUUUAUUAAGAAUUUGUUCAUUACUAAUAAUAUGAAAUUUUGUAUCAUUCAGUUGACAGAUCGAAAAAUAUUUUACCGUUUUAAUAUGUGAUAUUAAAUUUCCUCAACUUUGUGACAAUAUGUUCUUUACCAGAAGGUGACGCCACAAAAAAUCACAAAUACCAGACAUUUGUGUGUGAUUAAUUUUUUUCCAGUACCAAAAUGAAUUUAAAGAAAGUUAAAAGUAGAUUAAAAGACGAAAAGCUAGAUCUUAGCUUAUGCGACCUUAAAGAAGUGCCUAUUCGAGAAAUCGCAACUAUUAAAAAAGCAACACAUUUGGAUUUAUCAAAUAAUCUUUUAACUUCUUUAUCUAGUACUUUUGUUGACCUUAAGCAAAUAGUCAUACUAGAUCUUAGUAGAAACAUGUUGACAGAAAUCCCUGAAAAUUUUGGAGAACUGAAGCGAUUGAAACAUUUAGAUCUUUAUGCAAAUCAAAUAAGCAGAUUACCACUUAGUUUAAGCGAAUUAAAAAGUUUAAGAUGGUUAGAUUUAAAGGAAAAUCCUUUAACUCCUGCUGUGGCUAGUGUUGCUGGUCCUUGUAGUAAUUUGAGUGAAUGCCAAGCUUGUGCUCGUAACAUUGUCGCUUAUUUGUCAAGUGUGAAACUUACCAUCGAAGAAGAAAAAUUACGGAGAUUAAAUGCCAUUACGGAUAUGGAAACAGGUACUGUUUCGACAAAAAAAGGAGGGAGGAAAAAGAAAAAGAAGAUAUUGGAUAAGAAUAAUAAGCAAAAUUUAGAUGAAAGUGGAUCUAAUCAAUCGAGCGAAGUAUCGCUAAUAGAUGAAGACAAAAUAGAACCUCUGAUAAUCACGCACAAUAGAAACCAAGCUAAUAAAACACAUGAAACUAAAGGAAAUGCACAUCGAUUUUUCAUGUCCAUGAUCUCAUGGCUUUUUCUGUUUGGUUUAGCACUCACACUGAUGAUUGUGAUUCUUCCAUUGUAUUCGAAACAGUCGGAAUUGUUUAUAGAUUACAUAGAAUCUAAGACAGGCAUACAUUUAAAAGCAUUUCAGAAAUAUAGUACCGAUGUAUUUGUCUCUUUUAUACAAGCAGUGAUUAAUAUUUGCGAUAAUUUAUACCAUGCGUAUGAGAAAAAUUUUAAAACAGAGAUAGACAUUCCAGCGAAUAAAUAAGCGUUUUAUAAGAUAAAACGAUACGAUCAAAUGUAUUGGGCAUAAUUACUUUUUAAAGUACAACUUAUAAAUAACGAAUGAAAUCUAUCAUCGUUGAAACUUAUAAAUUCGAUCGUGUAUCCGAAUAUUUACGGUACGUCAUAUUGGGAUUACAUAUGCAAGUUAAAGAAUGUUAUUUAUUUUAAAAAAUAAAAGAUUCUUAUUAAUACAGA